GUUAUAUUCAAUAUUUUACUCAGAACAGGAAAAAAAGUAAAUAUAAAUAAUGCCAAGUGAAAUAAUUACGUUACAAUUAGGCCAAUGCGGCAAUCAGAUUGGAUUUGAAUUUUGGAAACGUCUUUGUCUGGAGCAUGGCAUUUCCCCGGAUGGGGUGCUCGAAGACUUUGCAGCCGAUGGGCACGAUAGAAAAGAUGUAUUUUUCUAUCAGGCGGAUGAUAAUCAUUAUAUUCCACGUGCCGUGUUACUAGACCUGGAGCCACGCGUCAUUCACAACAUCAUGACAUCGCCGUAUGCCAAGCUCUACAAUCCGGAGAACGUGUACUUAUCCAAGCAUGGCGGCGGCGCUGGCAAUAACUGGGCUUCUGGCUUUAGCCAAGGCGAAAAGGUGCAGGAAGAGGUGUUCGAUAUAAUUGAUCGUGAAGCCGAUGGCAGUGAUUCACUGGAGGGAUUUGUACUCUGUCACUCCAUAGCUGGCGGUACGGGCUCUGGCAUGGGUUCAUACGUGCUCGAGCGUCUAUCCGAUCGUUUUCCAAAAAAGCUUAUUCAAACGUACAGCGUGUUUCCCAACCAGGACGAGAUAAGCGACGUUGUUGUGCAGCCCUACAAUUCAAUACUUACUCUAAAGCGGCUUACGAAGUGCGCCGACUGCGUCGUGGUGCUGGAUAACACAGCCCUGAAUCGCAUUGCCACUGAGCGCUUGCAUAUACAAACACCCACAUUCACGCAGAUCAACAAUCUGGUGUCUACAAUCAUGAGCGUUAGCACCACCACCUUGCGCUAUCCCUCUUACAUGAACAAUAAUCUGAUUGGGCUGACAGCCCCGUUAAUUCCUACUCCCCAGCUUCACUUUCUUAUGACAGGAUACACUCCGUUGAUCACAGAUUAUGAGACCAAGACAAAUGUGCGCAAGACAACUGUUUUGGAUGUGAUGCGCCGCCUGCUGCAGCCAAAAAAUAUGAUGGUCUCCUCGACCGCUGACAAGCGGCACUGUUAUAUUUCGAUAUUAAACAUUAUACAGGGCGAGGUGGAUCCCACACAAGUGCACAAGUCAUUGCAGCGCAUACGUGAGCGCAAAUUGGCCCAGUUUAUACCGUGGGGUCCGGCUAGCAUUCAGGUGGCACUGUCACGCAGCUCGCCCUACGUUCAGACGGCGCACAAAGUAUCCGGCCUGAUGAUGGCCAAUCAUACGGGCGUGAGUGCUCUUUUUAAUCGUGCACUGGCACAGUACGACAAGCUAAAGAAGCGCAAUGCCUUUCUGGAUCAGUUUCGCCGGGAACCCAUGUUCCAGGAUGAUUUGACCGAACUGGAUUCGGCACGCGAUACGGUUGACUGCUUGGUGCAGGAGUACGAAGCUGCUACACAGGUAGACUAUCGUCACUGGAGCCCGCUAUCGAAUGGCGCUAAGAUCACAGCUUAGGCAUACAUCUAUUCUUGUCAUACAUCUCUGGAAAUAUUAAUGUGAAGUAAAUCCGAGUAGACUGUGCUUUUUCGUUAUUUUGAUCCUAAUAUACAAACAUCAUUCGAUUUUGUGGAUGUUAUGAAAUAUUCCUAAAAUUUUCAAUUUUCUCUGGGCAUUGAGUGGCAAUUGAGUGUUGUACCGACAUGUCGAAGUUAAUGAAGUCAUUAAAGGCUAUUAGGCAUGUCGUUAAGAAUGUUUUGGGCACUGGAGUCCAGCGAACCGUCAGUAUUUUUGGAUAUCUUGGUGGUAUAACAUUUCGGCCCUGACUUGACAACACACAAUUGCCAGAUUGCAACGCACAUAACAGAGGAAAUAUGUAAAUUUGUAUCAACACAUAGCCGUAAUGCAAUAUGUUUAAAAAAAUGAGAGAGAUGCAAAAAUCAAUUAUGAUA